GGUGCACAUGCCCCCUUUUUCCGUCUCCUAUGGUUAAGCUAGAUAACUACUAGUGAAUGAUAGGCGCGCGAAUUGCUAAAGAGUAGAUGAUGUUCGGUGCACAGUAGUAAAGAGUGAAGACAGAUACUAUUUUGGAAAAAACCAACGGCAUGGACCACCCCAAGAGGAGCACGGCCGCGGCGCCCUCCCUGCCCGACGAUGCCCUGGUGGAGAUCCUCUCCCGCCUCCCCGCCAAAUCCCUCUGCCGGUUCAAGUGCGUCUCCAGGGCCUGGCGCGACCUCAUCGCCGACCGCCUCCGCUGCAACAGGCUCCCCCAAACCCUCGAGGGCUUCUACGUCUUCGACGGCGACGAUGAGACGCAGGGCGGCAGCAGCGAUGCCGGCGGCGUGAGCCCGGAUCGCGUUGUCCACGGGCGCUUCAUCAACGCGCUGGGUAAAUCCUCGCCCCUUGCGUCUUUCUCGUUCAUGGGGAAGCAGCCGGGGAUCGAGGAAUUCGGCCUCUUGCGUUCCUGCAACGGCCUUCUUCUCUUCGGCCACAGAAGGGCUGGAGAUUCCUAUGAUUCACUGGGCUAUAUCGUCUGCAACCCUGCCACCGAGCAAUGGGUGGCCGUGCCCAGCUCCGGCUGGAAACCUCUUCCCCUAUUUGAUGAGCUUGAGGACCCUGGCUCUGACUCCGACACUGAAAUUGGCUGGGCUUGCACCUAUUUGAUUUUCAACCCUGCCGUGUCCAAGCACUUUCAGUUGGUCGAGUUCAUUUCGGACGAUUAUGUAAGCGUUGUAAGCGUGGAAGAGGUACGCGCAUACUCGUCUGAAACUGGGGUAUGGUGUGAUAGCCAUUGGUCUUCAGAUUACUGCAUGUCAUUCUUCGCAGGAAGUGCUGUUGUUAAUGGCAUGCUGCACCUCAGUGUCUCCAGCUUUCAUAAUGAUACACGCCAGGAUCUAAUACUUGCAGUUGAUGGGCAAGGGAAGGAAUGUAGGAGCCUCAGCUCUCCCCAGAAGUGUUUCGAUGUUGCUUUUGUUGGUGAAUCCCAAGGACUCGUGCAUUGCUUGAGUCAACAUAAAGACAACACACGCCAGAUGACUGAACUGUCCAUUUGGGUCCUUCAGGACUAUGAUGCAGAAGAAUGGGUUCUGAAGCAGAGUGUGGAUUUUUUCAAGCUGUUUGGAAGAAUGAAUUGCCGAGUUGAGUUUGACUAUAGUGUGGUUGCCAUUCAUCCGGAUCGCAAUUUGAUCUUUUUCUUUCAGCAGUGGGACCUGAAACUGAAAUCAUAUGACAUGGAUAGGAAGGUGUGCACGCUCUGCACUCUAGGGGUUGGCCCUCAGAAUAUUUUCCCAUUAGUUCCCUAUUAUGCGGAGUCAUCGGCCCUUGCUAAUAAACACUGAAAUUUUGCCUUGUGAAAGUACUGGUCAAAUUUGAUUUUCCAAGUAUGGAGCACAGGAGGAUCUGGCGACAUAAAUAUAUCUGUAGUAUUAGGUAAUGUUUUCUGAUAAUGCUUUGGUAUAUAUACCUUCUCACGUGUUUUGUAUGCUAAGCACGUGUUAUAUGUAUGCAACUGCCUCGUUAGUUGCACAAUGUAUGAUAUUUGGACUAAUAGUUCGUAUGCUUUGUAUUUCACUGGUUCCAGAAUCGUAAUCACUGUAGCACUUUCUUUUCCA